CUGAGGUCUGAGCACCCUGCAAACUCAGUCCACAUCUGUUUUCCUUGCAGAUUGGUGAAGAUGAGCAUCCGGGCUCCACCCAGACUUCUGGAGCUGGCGGGGCGGAGCCUGCUGAGGAACCAGGCCUUGGCCAUCUCCGCCCUGGAGGAGCUGCCCAUGGAACUUUUUCCCCGCCUGUUCAUGGAGGCCUUCAGCAGGAGGCACUGUGAGGCCCUGAAACUGAUGGUGCAGGCCUGGCCCUUCCGCCGCCUCCCCCUGAGGCCUCUGAUAAAGAUGGGUUGUCUGGAGACCUUCCAAGCUGUGCUCGGUGGGCUUGAUGCACUGCUUACCCAGGGAGUUCGUCUCAGGCAGUGGAAGCUUCAAGUGCUGGAUUUACAGGAUAUCAGUGAGAACUUCUGGAUGGUUUGGUCUGAUUCCAUGGCCCAUGGGUGCUUCCCCAAUGCCAUGAGGAACAGAAAACCAGUGCAGGACUGUCCAAGCAUGAGAGGACAGCAGCCCUUCACUGUGUUCAUAGACCUGUGGCUCCAGACCAGGACUCUGGAUGAAUACCUCACCUGCCUCCUUCUGUGGGUCAAGCAGAGGGAAGGUUUACUACACCUGUGCUGUAAGAAGCUGAGAAUUUUGGGAAUGCCCUUCCACAAUAUCAGAAACAUCCUGAAAAUGGUGAACCUGGACUGUAUCCAGGAGGUGGAAGUGAAUUGCACAUGGAUACUGCCCAUCCUGACACAGUUUACCCCAUACCUGGGCCGGAUGAGGAAUCUUCGCAAGCUCAUUCUCUGCCACAUGGAUGUCUCUCGCUACGUUUCAGCAGAGCAGAAGAAGCAGAUUGUUGCCCAGUUCACCUCUCAGUUCCUCAAGCUGCGCUGCCUCCAAAAGCUUCAUAUGAACUCUGUUUCUUUCCUCGAAGGCCACCUGGACCAGCUGCUCAGCUGUCUGAGGACCUCAUUAAAGAUCCUCGCAAUAACUAACUGUGCGCUUUUGGAAUCAGACUUGCGGCAUCUGUCCCAGUGCCCGAGUGUCAGUCAACUGAAGACCCUGGACCUGAGGGGCAUCAGACUGGCCAAUGUCAGCCUUGUGCCUCUCCAAGUUCUGCUAGAAAAAGUUGCAGGCACCCUUGAGUACCUGGAUUUAGAUAACUGUGGCAUCGUAGACUCCCAAGUCAGCACCAUCCUGCCUGCCCUGAGCCGCUGCUUUGAGCUCACCACCUUCAACUUCCGUAGAAAUCCCGUCUCCAUGGCCACCCUGGAGAACCUGCUGUGCCACACAAUCAGACUCAACAACUUAUGUCUGGAGCUGUAUCCUGCCCCGCGGGAGAGUUAUGAUGCUGAUGGUACUCUCUGCCGGAGCAGAUUUGACCAACUUAGGGCAGAGCUGAUGGGGAGAGUGAGGGACAUGAGGCACCCCAAGAGAAUCUUGUUCUGUACUGACUGCUACCCUGACUGUGGCGACAGGUCAUUUUAUGACCUGGAGGCAGAUCAAUGCUGCUGUUGAAUACCUGCCGAUUUGGUUCGCUAAGUUGAACACUUUCUUCUGGACACUUGGAAACGAAAACCUAAGUCUUAGGUACAUCCUAAAGAGAGCCCAGAACCCAUCGUUUCAGGCACCGGCUCUGAAAAUGGGAAAGGAAAGGUGAUCAAGCAGGGCCCGGACUUUGGGGAAAUGUUGACUUGGCUUUGAUAGGACUUUGGAGACCUGUGUCCUGUAGAGUUGAAAAUGGGAAUCUGAAUGUCUAGAGUGGAAUUCAGGCUUGAGAAUACAUAAGGGAGUUACUCUUGCAUGGAUGGUUGUAAAGAAACAAUCACAAAUAAAGGGAAACUGAGUGGAAACUGUCUGGUGCCCUCUAUUAUCAAGUAGCCUGUUUUCCAGUUUAAGCCUCAGGAAUCUUCAGUUAAUGAUGGAAAAUAAAAAGGCACUGAAUUGUCCAAUCAAUAAGAUGCAGCCCCAGAAAAUCAAGGCAUUUAAGUGAAAUUUG